AUGGCUCCCAGUAGAGGACUUGCCACUUUCAUGAAGCUACCAGUUCCUCGCUAUAUCUAUCCACGAUGCAGAUCACGAGCCUUCACAACAACCCGCCCCGUCCAAUCCGGGCACAACCGUUGGAGCAAAAUCAAACACGACAAAGCCAAAGUAGACGCAGGCAAAAACCGCCAACGCUCCAUAUUCUCCUCCGAAAUAGCCACAGCAUCCAGACUUUUCGGCCCCGACCCCAACAUGAACCCGCGCCUCGCGGACCUCAUCACAAAAGCCAAACGCGAAGGCUUCGCCAAAGCCUCCAUCGAAGCCGCCAUCGCGCGAGGCCAGGGAAGAAGUUCCACCGGCGCGAGUCUGGAAGGUGUCACAGUGGAGGGAAUACUGCCGGGUAACGUGGCUGUGAUUGUGGAAUGUGAGACGGAUAAUAAGCCGAGGACGUUGGCGGAUGUACGCUUGGCGAUUAAGGACAAUGGGGGAUCGAGCACGCCGACGAGCUAUCUGUUUGCUAAGAAGGGGAGGAUAGUCUUCGAAAAGAAGGAGGGUGUAGGGUCUGAUGAGGUGCUGGAACCUGCCCUCGAAGCUGGCGCGAUAGAUGUGACAGAGGAUGAAGAUGGAAGAGUCGUAGUCUGGACCGAGCUCGGUGAUACGAGAGCGGUCGGCGAUGCGGUCUCGAAAGCACUGGAUCUUCAGGUGUCCAGCAGCGAGUUCAUAUGGGAUCCGAAUGAGGAUACGAAGGUCGAAGUGCCUGGCGAGAAGGCUGCAGAGGCCCUUGCGACUUUCCUUGACGAACUUCAAGAGAAGGAAGGCACCGUGCAGUCAAUCGCUAUGAACAUCGCCCAAGGAAGCCUGUCUGAAGACGCCUGGAAGGACUUGCAGGGCCGGCUGAAUGCCUAG